AUGGGCAAGGGCGCCGGUGGCAAGCGCCAUCCUCCAAACGCGAGGGACCGCUACAAGGGCACGUUGCUCAAGGCCGACCCUACCGACGAUCCACACCCCGCGCACCCCGCGUACUACUCACGUCCAGGUUCCUCAAUGGCCUACUCGCGCCCCGGCAGUGCUAUGAGCGUUGGACGACCCGGAGACUCUUCCUCCGCCUUCCUUCCCCCUCCUCCGGCCAUUCAACCCACUCCUUCGCGCAGCUCUACUCCAGCUCCGUCAAGGUCGGCUGCUCCAUCAAGGGCCACGACCCCAGCCUUUGGCCGCCGGGCCAGCGACGGAUGGGGCCACAGCCGCCCUCCCAGCCGCUCUGCCACCCCAGCGGUCGGCCCCUCCAUGCUCGACGACGACCUCGAGGAUUUUGACCUCACCCAGUUGCCUAGCCUUACUACCAUUGACGGCGAUGAGCUUCCACUGCCCAUCUUCCCUCACCCCUUCUCGCGCCCCGACUCCUCCAAUGCCAUCUAUGAUCCAUUCUGGUUUCUGACUGCGUGGAAGGCCUUCCCCGAGGAAUCAGUUUUCAUCGGCGCUCUCCUCUUGACGGACUAUUGGUUGGCUUCCGAGGUCCUUCCUCCCACCCUUUUGGUAAGUGGAUCCCUCUCUGGGUCUCCAUCUGACCACCAUCAGGCUUCCCUCAAGGCGCUGUUUCAGGUGUGGGUGGCCGAUAGCCCAAGUCGCUCCGAGGUGCAUGAGACAGUGAAAGCGCUCUGGGUGAGCACCCCGGUUGCCGCUGUCCUCCUGACUCUGCAGGCGUUUCUCAAGACGGUGCACAUUUCGUCCAUCGACCGGAUUCUCAGCAAGGCUGAAGUCACCAUCAUUUCCACAUCACACAACUCUGACACGGAGGACGAGGCAGUCCUCAACAUGUUCCAGCAAAUGGUGAAGAUUGAGCGAGGAGUCAAGUCCUAUGUCAAGCUUCAAGGUACUCUUUUCGACCUCGGUAAGAAGAAGGCCACCCUCAAGGCUCGGCACGGGACCCUCGACGAAGCUGCCAAGGCUAUCUGUUGGCUUCUCGCUCUCGGCAUGAAGUGUGCUCUUGAGUGUCGGGCAUACACCUCGGCGGCUUGCUACUGUCCUUACCAUGCUGUUCUUGGACAGCCAGGCCACGACUCUUCCUCUGAGCCUCUUCUCAACCUCGCCUACACCAGCGUGAUCACCCUUGUACAGGACAUGGCCAAAGUCGACGGCCCCGAGGCGAGUGUCAUUCCGACUAUGUUCCAAAUGAUGAAGAUCGAUGUCGCGGCGGCUCUGUCGACAACAUUCUUCAAGCCGGCGAUUCGUCACAAGGUCGAGCCACUUCCACCCAGUAGCGUCGACGUGGUCGUUCAACCCAAGGAGGAGACGGCUCAAGCUGAUCCCGUCCCGGUUCGACUCAGUAUCAACUUCUCCUGGCUUCAACAGACCAUCUACCUUGCCUCCAACCAGCCGUUCCGCCAUAUGGCUGAUAUCUGGCGCAAGGUCGUCACAGGCUUGGCAGAUGUCAGUACCCCUCCAAGGUUCUUCAUCUUCCUUUGGAAUGGCCAGCGUCUAGGAAUGGAAGAGCGGCCCAUGGAUGUUCGGAUGGGUCGCAAAGCCAACAUAUUCGUCCUGGACGCAGCCGAUAUCUGGAUGGCGUCAAUGGUCCCACCAGACGAUGAAUCACCUCAAGACGUCGCUCAAGCCGUGCCACACGUGGACCAGCCUCCGAAAGAGCCCCCGACCAGACCUGAUACUCCGCCACCCCCGCCAGCCGUUCAUCUGGCAACCGAGCCCCCCAAGGCACCUCGCUCUCCCAAGAGAUCUGCGGAGACACCCAAGAUCGUGGGACCCAAGGAUCCUGCUCCGACUGGCAACAGUCCUCCUCCCGGGUUUGCCACCCCCAAGGAUAGCGACUUGGUUCCCGGCAACCGCGUCAGGACUCUAGCUGCUCGCUUUUCAACAAUCUCUCUCAACGUAGCCGCUGCUCCACUUCGGCCCACCCAGUCACGCAAUGUCUCCGGCCCUCAGGACCUCGCCUCUCGUUCUCCCGUUGGCAUCACUUCCUUGACCAACGGCGAACACGCUCCCUCGACCUACGGUGGCGAGACGAGUACGCCUUCGCGACCGGCCACACCGUCUGUUGGUUCAUCCGAAGCCAGCUCGGCUCCCCAAAUCCCGUCUCUGGUUUCCUCCCCGACCCAAUCCCUCAGCCAGACGCUUUCAUCCGCCCUGGACAGUCCAGCGUCGGCAACUCUGCCGCUGAUCACCGUCCCCGCUUAUGCGCUUCCAAACUUUGGGAUGGAGACGGCAACUACCUCGCGGUCGAUCCCUCCUGCCCCAAGUGGGCCUCGUUUGUCAGCGUCUCUCCGCUCCAAGUCAAAUGCCACACGCCAGGCCGCGACGGUUCAAUCACCCGUCGAGGGCAAGGCAACGUGGUCGUCAAUCAAGACCUCGGCCGGCCGUCUCUUCAAGCAGUAG